AUGCCGUCUCCUUCUUUGACGGAAGGUCUGGCGCUUAUCGAAAGUACUUCGAUCUCAAUGCAACAAUUGAUGCACCACGUUCCGUUGAAGAGACUUGUGAAGAUGCGAAGAAGUGAACAAUCUACUGCGCAUUUGGAUACUGAUUAUGAAUUGCUCCAGGCACUCGCGAAUUUUGAAGAUAUUCCCGAAAAUCAAACUUCACGCGCCGCAUUCGAUGCUGCUCUUCGUAAAGCUGAAGAAGAAUACGAGGGUGAUAAGGUCACGCACUGCAACCACUAUAUCCAAGAAGCCAUCGCCGCCUUCGAGGUCCCAAAGCCCUUGCUCAAAAAAACCUUUGAAGACGUGGCAGUUGAGCAGGAUGCUGUUUGUGAGAUCAAUCAAGUUUUACCAUCUCAAGACGUCGAUGUCUCAAACGACGAUGUUGAAUUGUGCACAGCUUCUCCUCCAUCAUCUCCACAACGUCGCGCCUAUGGCUUGGAACAUUCCUCACCUUUUGAGGUCGAGCAGAGAAAUGUGCGAGAAUCUUGA